AUGGACCCGCGGUCUGCUCUGAAGUCAAAAGCAAAGCCGACGGAGCCACCUGCACCUUGGCUGGAUGCGCAGCGGACCUCAGAGCAGCAGCCGGCUGAGAUGCUUCAGACUGCUCUGCAGGCGAAAGCACAGCCGACGGAGCCAGCUGCACGGCUGGAUGCGCAGCGGACCUCAGAGCAGCAGCCGGCUGAGAUGCUUCAGACUGAGGUGGAGCUUCAGGGUGAGGUGGAGCUUCAGGGUGACGUGGAGCAGGGUGACGUGGAGCAGGGUGAGGUGGAGCAGGGUGAGGCGGAGCCCCGGACAUGUUUUGGAUUUUUCGUUUGA